AUGAUUAAUGAUCGAUUUGUGUGUCCAAAUGAUCGUCGAUUAGAACUUCGAUCAAAAAUAAAUUUCGGUUGGUCAUAUUAUACAAAUAUUCUAUCAUUAAAUCGUCAAUUGAAUUCUAAUAUAUCAAAUAAUCUUAAUCAAAAAUCAUUAACUAAUCAAGAAAUCGAACAUAUUGAUAAUGUUCUUAAACGUAAUCAAUAUAUUCAAUAUAUCGAACAAGAACGUAUUCGUAAAUUAAUUGAUCGUCUUGAUAAAAUGAAAAAAAAUGCAACUGGUAAUGGUUUAUCUCAAUGUUUGUUAUGUUCUAAUAAAAGAGGAAUAUUAUCUCGAUCAUUUUUUUCAUGUGCUAAUUGUCAAAAAUUAGUAUGUGAUAAUUGUUCAAUUCAAACAAAUUUUAAUCAAAAUAUUGUAUCAUUAUGUAAUAUUUGUAGUGAAAAUCGUCAAUUAUGGAAAAAAUCAGCUGCAUGGUUUUUUCAUUCUUUACCUAAACCUUCGAAUGUUACCUUUGAUAUUAAUUCCUCUUUAUCAUUUCAAUCAUCACAAUAUAUCAGAACAAGUGAUGCUCAAUCGAUAUCUGAUCAAUCAAGUUCAGAUAAUGAUUCGAUUACAGAUCGAUUUAAUAAAAAAUUGAUAUCAAAUAAUAAAAGUUUAAAUCAAUUUAAACAAUUAAAUGAUAAUCAAGAUGAGAUAAAUAAAUGUGACGAUGAUGAUAAAAGAAUUUAUUCAUUUAAAACUAAUAAACUAACUUCAAAAGAAGAUUCAAUUGAUGCAUAUUUAUCAAAAUGUGAAUUAGUUAGAUCAUCAAAAGAUUCUUAUAUAAGAUUAUCACCAAUAAAUGAAGAUUGUGGAUUUGGAAGAUUAGAUUUUGAAAUUGUUUGGAAACAAUCUGAAUAUAAAUUAAUAAUAAGAUUAUUACGAUUAGACAAACUUCGAUCAAAUAAUCAAAAUCAAUAUUCUUAUAUUUAUCUUAAAUUAGAUCUUCUACCAGCUAUGCACAAAUCAACUGAAUUAGAAAGUGGUAUGAUUGGUAAAAGAAUAAAUGGUGAUAUCGAUGAGACACUUGUUUAUGAUGAUGUAUCAUUAGAUGAUAUCAAUUAUAAAUCAGUUAAAUUCUUGGUCUAUGAUAAAGAUUCAUCUGUUAAUCACUUUCUUGGUGAAUAUCGUUUUAAAUUAUCAACAAUUCAAUCUGAUCAAUAUCAGAUUUAUUCGGUUUAUUUACAAAAUAAAACUGAUUGUGAAAAUGAUGAAGAUAUAAAUGAACGUGGAAAAAUUUUAAUUAGUCUUAUGUAUUCAAAUGAAACAUCAAAUUUUCAUGUUAAAAUAAAACGUGCUUGUUAUUUAUUGCCAAUUGAUAUUGAUCGUAAAUCAAAUCCUUAUUGUCGAUUAUGUUUAUUUUCAUCUGAUCAUUUAUCGAACAAAUUAAAUUUUAAAACAGAUAUUAAAAAACAAACUUUGAAUCCACAAUUUAAUCAAGAAUUUAUUUAUAAAGAUAUUCAAUUAAAAAAAUUAAUUAAAAAAACAUUACAAAUAACUGUUUAUGAUAAAGAUUUUGGAAAAAAAUACAAUUUUAUUGGUAACUAG